GAAAAAUUCUUUGGGGAGGAAAUACCUUCCAAAUACCAUUCUUACCUGUUAUGCAGGUUGAAGUUUUGAUCACAGUCAGUAUUUCUUUUUGCACUGCAGAUUUCUGCCCUCAGAGCUGUGCUAGCAAGUGUGAGGGCAUUGUCCUGGAUACACAUGUAGCAAGUGAACCACCAAGAUUGUAUUUCCGUUGUUUAAGUAGAAACAGUUCAUGCUGUCAGGAGCUGAACUGUUGCACAUAUAGACCAGAUUUUCUUUACUUUUUAAUUCCUAGGACUGGUAUCCCCACCCCUCUAUUGCAAACUUCUGUGUGAUGUCUAAUAUUGUAUUGCACCCUGCUGUGGAGUCUCUGGACCUCCGAGACUGUGAUAUUUCAGAUAAUGCGUUAUUGCAGCUUUAUAACUGCAAGCAGCUAAAAAAAAUCAACUUAAAUUCUUGCAAGGAGAACAGAUUUGGAAUUACUUCAGAAGGGGUCAUAGCACUGGCCUUAUCCUGUCCUUACCUGCGUGAAGCAUCUUUCAAAAGGUGCUGUGAUAUAACUGACAGUGGAGUUCUAGCUCUUGCACUCAACUGCCAAUUCCUACAAAUAGUGAACCUGGGCAGCUGCUCAGGCAUCAUGGAUGCAUCUCUGCAGGCACUAGGAAAAAACUGCAAAUUUCUUCACAGUGUGGACUUCUCAUCUACUCAGGUAACAGAUGAUGGCGUUGUAGCACUAGUGAGUGGAACAUGUUCAAAGAAUUUAAAGGAGAUCCACAUGGAGCGCUGUGUGAAUCUGACGGACAUCGCUGUGGAAGCUGUCCUUACUUGUUGUCCCAAGAUACACAUUUUUCUGUUCCAUGGAUGCCCACUGAUAACAGAUCGUUCCCGAGAAGCUUUAGAGCAACUCAUCAUAUCAAACAAAAUCAAGCAACUAACAUGGACUGUUUACUGAUUAUUUAUCCUGUACAUGUGAGUGUCAAGUUUACAGAUGGGAGAGCUCCUUCAGCAAACAAGCACCUGGAGAACGAGCUGCUGGCUCCUGUGCCACCAGGUUGCAUCCCUCCUACUUCCCACCGGAGGUCUCUGUUGCCAUUCCAGUCCUUGCCUGUGGGCCUAGGCUUCUUCGUUAUCUCUCCUUGGAGCCCUGUCUUUGCAUUGAACAUAGUUCAUUAAGAGGAAAGUUAAACUAUAAUUAAUAUUACAGGGCCGUUGCUCAGGCUUCUCGAAGUGUUGGAUUUGGCUGUUACUUAGUAUCCUUUAGCAACUUAGUUACAUGUACCAACCCAGUUUAGGUAAGUCUGUGUUCUGAGUUUGUAUUCUGGGAUAGUACUUGCAACUGAAAAUACCAAGCGCAAACACAGAGAUAUCUGUGAAGCUGGGAGUUUAAUCUAACAAAAUCAACAGACAGAACUGGUGAAUGGAGGUGGCAUUAACAGUAAUAAAAAUGUACUUUCAAUAGUAACACAGAAUCUCCUUUCACCAUCUAUUUUUGCUAGGUCUGAAAUAAAAAAUGUAGGUACCUUUCUUCUGAUGUUACUGAUGCUGCAGAUUUCUGUUCUUAACUACCAUCAAAUACUUGCUGGAUUUUUACACAUCCAAAACUACAGCCUGUGAAUGUGUAAACAUAAAAUUGCUUUGGAAUUGUUAUGGUGACUUUACAAAUUUCAGAGUAGUAGCUAUGACCAAGGAAAGGACUUUAUAUAUGGGCAAAUAUUUAAUUUGCUGUGGCUUUUGCCUAUGUUUCUACAUCAAAAUCCUUUUAGGGAACAAAAUACUGGUAUUCAUAAGUCUAUCUGUGAGUGAAAUAGGACUAAAUGUAGCACUUAAAUCUCAGGAUGGUAUAUGUUCUGCUGUAUGCAGUUCAUUAUAUAGCCAGUGGCCCCCAGAAACGGAAAAUAUAAAUAAAUUUAUUGUUCAAUUACAGUUAUAUUAAAAAUAAUUUUUGAACUGUAGAAUGAGUUUAUUACAUGAUGAAGCAGUGCUCUCAUCACAAUUAUAAGACCUUGGCUUUCUUGAACCAGUAUAACCUGUAGUGAGAAUUCUGUGAUUUCUGCAUUAAGCUCCCUAAUGCCAGCCAUUUUAGCUUUGUAAGGGCAUGGAGCACACUGGGUUCAUCCUCUGGAUCUGGAAGUAGGGCGAUUUAGCUAGCGUGGACUAGCAUGGAUUUGAUGACAUUUGGAAACCUAAAGAGUUUAGGCAACCAUAAGGAAUAUGUUUACUUUACUAUUUAACUUGUGUCAUAGCCACACCUAAGUGUUGCAGAAAUAAACCAGUCUUAUAUUAAUCUAUUUAAAGUUCAGGUCUAAUUGCAUGGAAGGUAUUUUUUGUUGCCGACAUUAAAGGAUAUUAUGAUGUCUGACAAUAAUCUUUGUUCUUCUGUUGAUUAUAUGGUUUAUGAAAGUGGAAGUCUAUUUAGAAAAGUUAUUCAGGUGUAAGUAAAGGUGUAUUUUUCCAAGACCAGUAGCUAAAUCCCUUACUCUUGUUGCAUGGCUUAGCCUCGUGAUGAAUGUGCUCCUGUGAUCCCUGUGGGUGUAACUGCAUCAGUACAAACCAUUGGUGCAAGGAGCUGAUUUUACUACAGUAGCCACAAGCAUCUUACAGCUGUCUCUGCAGCAAAUCCUUGCACCAGAUAAAAGCUAAUAACCUAACCUACUGGGGGUUUUUUGUUUUUUUUUUUUAAUUGUUUUGUUUUGUUUUGUGGAGGU